AUGGAUGUGGCACGUCCGUUUAAGAAAUCAAUGGUGGUCAACUUGCCAGAAGGUGGUACAUCGACGGUGUUCUUUAAUUAUGAACGACUUCAGAAGCGAUGCUAUGAGUGUCAACGCUUAAACCACGCAAAGGAGGUCUGCCCUCGGUUGGUGAACAAGCGUAAAGAAGCAGCUCUGGAGAGACGUCAGCGGAUUCUCCGUGAGAAGCAACCAGACACCCUGGUCUUAAGCCCUCAAGACCCUCUAUUUGAUGUUUUAACAGAAGAACAAGUUGGUAUUUGUCCUCUCACGGGUAGAGCAAAGAUAUCUCUAGAGGUGUUGGAGGAAAUGAGGCGCUAUAUGAUGAUGGCCACAGAGGCAGAUAUGCUUAUUCGUAUUGAGAGAAUCAGGGCUUCGGUUGCUGAUGUUGAGAAGGAUCCUGUUCUUCAGAAGACGGUUCUCAGAUUGGAACCUCCUCCUCAGUUCACCCGGCAAAUCGACAAACAGAAAGGCCGAGUCGUUGAUCUCGACUUAAAUGCUCCAGGAGGCGUCUGA